AAAGAAGUGGUCAUUCAGAUGAUUUUUUUUUUUUUUUUUUGAAAAUGUUGUCUUGUGCGUGUUGAGCAAGUUACGGGAAUGAGUGGGAUGACGAAUACUCAGUUCGCGAGGAAGCUGUUCUUGGCAGCUUUGACAGGCGGUACAAGCAGUGUGUUUAUUAACACGUGGCGAAGAGAUGGCGAGAGAGCAAAGCGGCUACUGGGCUAUACGGCAGUCUCAGGCCUUUGUGGUGUUGCCAUUGGUUACACUGUCGCUGCCGCCAAGCGCCACAGUCCCUACUACCAUGCGCUGUAUGUUGGAGGAAACUACUUUGCCAUAAGUGGCACAUUCCUAGUUUUUAGAGAUAGCAUUUUGUCAACAUUUGGCUCUGGAGGGAAACAGCUGUUCCUUGACCAAUCUCAGGACACAAGAGUUCAUGUUCUCCUUGCUAAGGAACCAAUGCCUCAAAUGUUUGCAAGCGCUGCUGCAGGUGGUUCAACAGGACUGCUUUUCUCUCUCUUUUUUUGGAAAGGAGUUCUUCCUACUGUUUUGCAUUCUGCUCAAGGCAUUGGAUUAGCUGUGUUUGGUCAGUUUGUGUAUGAUAAAUUCAGAAUCUGGCGUCUGGAGAAGACAAUAGAAUAUCAUUAUCCUGAACUCACUGGGAACACUAAACCAGCAGAUGUAGAUGCUGAGACCAUGCAUUGGACAAAAAGGUUACAGAAUUUUCUUGGUGGCAAAAGCUAUUCAUCUCGUCUAAACGAUGAAAUUCGAAGCACUGAAAUACAACUUGAGCUGCUUGAAGAAGAAGAAUGUGAAUUACUGAAAAAGAUGGACGAAUGAAUAUUAUUUCCCAGCGAGAUUGGAGAACCAGUUGAAUAGUGUUCUUACAUGUAACCUGCAAAUCAUGGGCAUCUCAAGGAUCUACCACAAAGUAGCACACAGACUGAACAAAAAAGUGCUCUGAUGAGCGAUCAAGAGAACAUUAUGGUGGACCACUUAUGUGCUUCUCAGGAAAAGCACAGUUCAGCCCACACAAUCUGCAUCAACAAAGAAGCAGAUGCUAAUUUUAAAAGAAAAAAAGCCCACCUUGGUAAUGCCUUGUGCACGCUAGUGACAUAAGGACAUAAGCCCGACAUAACAACAUGGACAGAACGACAUAAGAGAAAAAGCAUGUUUUUUCUUUUAUGUCAUUAUGUCCUUGUCGUUAUGUUGGGCUAAACAAAGUGUGCACGCCUAUGUCAUUAUGUCACUAAUGUGCACCAGGCAUAAGAGAAUGAUGACCUGGUGUAGCUGGGACUUAAGAAUGAUUUUGCCUCCUGUUGUUAACCUGAUACACUUUGGCACCUAACAUUUGGACAAUAUCGUCACUACCAGGGCAGAAAAUGGCCUAGUCCCCCCCAACCCCCUCCAACGUUUAAAAGCGAAAAUAUAUAAUUUUAAAAGAAGUACAAGAAUAAUAAGUGGUAAUAGAUUUACAGUAGCUGUGAAUCUCCAUUCCUGGUCCUGCCAGAAAUUCUACAACAGUACACAACAUGCCGACCCAGGUUUAUUUGAUGUUAAACUGUGCCCUUGUGACAGAAUAGUAUCAUCUGUAAAAGUUGAAGGGGUGGUGAAAGUGAGAGGUUGUUAUUUAACAGGCUCUUUGUCCAGCACUGCGGAAGCGUCUGCAGCUCAUGGCGCGCUUGCGGUUUCCUCUGAUUGGACGACGAUGCUGCACAUGCGUCGUCCGUUGAAGUGUCUUCUUGGAGUUAGCCUUGUGCGUCUUAUUCUUCAGAGCAUUAAACUUUACCUGAUUUCCAGCUCUGCAGAUUUGCAAUGGUGUCUGCUUCUUCCUAGAUUUGCAGGUUAACUCUGUGGUGUCUGCCUGGUCUACCAGGGCCUCGUACUUACAAACCAGAAUUUUAAGUACAUGUGUCAAAUACACACGGAGUGUUAGCAGUACGUCAGCUGAUCGACAGGCAAUCGCGAGUGGUUGUGCUCUUGGGGUAAGGGCGGCUUGUCCGAGUCUCGGACGUGGCCUUGGACAUGGGCUGGCUUGUCCGACCCUUGAGCGUCGCCACACCCUGUUCUUGCGUGAGGUCUUGUAGCGGACUAGGCAGAGUAGACCUGGUUUAGUUGUGAGUCCGAACUUCUCCUGCGAUCUGCUUCUUACGAUCGGCGGUGCGCAUAUCGCCAGUGGCUGGUUAUUCGGCAAUCCAUGAAAUGGGCCUUCAUAUGUUAAUUGCUGUGCUUUCAUGUGGUUACCCAACAUGAAGCGUAUUUCCUGGACUUCUGAUGCGGUCAUGAAAUUGACCAGGUCACAUGACACCCGCUCGAUGACGUCAUUGUUAAUGCUCCAGAGUUGGACGGUUUGGCUGGUGGGCAGCAACGAGUUGUUAAGCCGAGGCGCACCCGCCGGGGGAAUCAUUGCGUUAAUUGUAGCUUGCCUUGAAUUAUUAUAAGCUAGAGGCAUGGCGUGACAAAAAGAUACCACGGUAUCACAAACACUAUUUUGAGAGACUUGACACGCAGGCGGCAAACCAAUCUCAAUAUCGAGCGUUUUGUUCUUCGGAGACUCAACCUUGCGUACAGCUUUCGUGAUCUUUGAGAAUCGGGGCGGUGCGAACUUACGCUUGCGUCGGUAAUGAGUCGCUGGCGUUCUGACUACCUCGACUUUGGGCUGAGUGAACAUUUUAAAGGGAUAUUUCUUCCCUCUCUUGGGUCGCUUUUUGUGCGGUUGUUUCCGCUUCAGCUGUGUCAGUGUGGGACCAUCGAGAAGGUGGCAUGCGGGUUCAGGUGUGCUCUCUGGUCUUGUAACAGGUGGUAUAACAACAUAUUGACUCGUCAAACCAGACACAUCGUCACUAUCCAUGGCGAUGCAAUCCACCCACAACCAUUCCACGUCUUCCGAGUCCUCCCCGGUGUCCAGUACACGCGGUGAGCAUACCAGUAGUGAAGGGUCACGCUCAUCGGACUCCGCUGCAAGUAGCCAUGAUGACAAAUAGCUCCACAUGUUGCGCGCGGGUCUUUCCUUGUCGCGCGCGCACACCGGAUCAACGCAGUGUAAUUAGCGUGCAAAUUAUCAAUUAGCGUCUAUGACGACAACGGUUCGAAUAAAAACAGGGGCUUUUUCUA